AUGUACAGUCAACCUCAUACAUACGUUCGGUCGACCGCGGGAAAUACCAGCGAGUUCAGUGUGGCUGUAGGCUUGCAUCAGGGAUCGGAUUUAAGCCCGUACCUCUUUUUGUUGAUAAUGGAUGCCUUGACGUCGGAGAUGCAAGAAGAGGCACCCUGGUGCAUGCUAUUUGCACAUGACAUUGUGCUCGUUGGUGAGGAGGGAGCUGAGAUACAGAGUAGAUUGGCAAUAUGGCAGCUUAGGCUGGAAAGCGGUGGCUUAAAGAUUAGUAAUUCCAAAACGGAAUACAUGUUAUAUAUAAACGAUAUACACGACUUUGGCGGUCUUUCUGGCUCUGCAGCCAUAUCAUCUCCAUUGCCGAUCUGCUCCAAUUUCCGGUAUUUAGGUUCACUCCUCCAAAGCAAUGGCGAAUUAGACCGAACCAUAAAGCACAGAAUUAACUCUGGUUGGAUGAAGUGGCGGCAGGUUACGGCGACGACGUGCGACUCACGAGUUACCCUUAAACUUAAGGGCAAAAUUUACAAGACCAUGACCUCCUAUUUUAUAUGGAUCGGAGUACUGGCCUAUAAAGGCGAUGGAUGA